AUGGAAAAUAACGCCGUUAUAACUUUCAAGAGCCACAGGAGAAAGCCGACGACUUUCGAAACCAUCCCUUUGGGCGACCAGACAGACGACGGUAAUGUCACUUCUCCUUGAACUUAUUCUCCAAAAGUGCCAUCAGCUAGCGAUCAGAUGCGUAUAUUGCUUCUUAUAUGUAAGCAAAUGGCAACACUGCCGUCCACAAUCGAUGUCACUGAGAGCCACUGGAAGGUUAUUUCCAACUACUGGACAGUAGCUUCCGAAGCUAAUUGGUAUACUACCCAAUUUAUAACUCCCUCUUGCGUUAGACCUCCUACCUAGCAUGCCUUGGUGGGCACAAUGUUGACGACUUCGUGAAGCGAAGUCUUCACCUUCAGUCUGCUUUUACCAAGUGCCGGGAAAGGUCGCUGGACAGCUACGUCCUAAGAAAACAAAAGACGCAAGUUUAA